AUGGACAAUGAUAUUAUGAAAGAGCAGGGUCUACGAGAUAUUUACUACAAUCCUAAGACAGGUUUCCAAACACCAGAAAAACUAUACCUAAGAGCAAUAUCAGACGGACUUGAAGUGACCAAAGCCCAAGCCAGAAAAUGGAUUAAAGAGCAGGACACAUACACUAGAUACAGACAAGUGUUAGAGAGGCACAAGUUCAGACAGACGUUCGUCCAAACUUUAGGUGAGCAGUUACAAAUGGAUUUAGUUGACAUGACGAAGUAUGAUGACAAGAACAAGGGAUACCGGUUGAUUCUAAAAUCCAUCGAAAUUCUGAGUAGGUACGCGUUCACAGUAUCAGUGCACAGGAAAAACGCAUCAAUAAUGAAUGAAGCUGUUAGCAACUGUUUAGAGCAGUUCAAGAAUCACUUCGGGAAGUACCCAAAAUUGGUUCAGUUUGACAAAGGCACAGAGUUUUACAACAAAGAAGUAAAGUCUUUGCUCAACAAACAUAACAUUGAGUUUUUCUCCGCUUACUCAGAUAAAAGGCCGCGGUUGUGGAAAGGUUCAACAGAACACUGA